AUGGACAAAAAAGACAAGACAGACUAUACGACUUCCGAGAUGGAAGAUGAGCUUCUGGCCUCGAGCCAGGAAACAAUCGGAGGGUGUUCAGAUGAUGUUAGAGGCACUAGCAUCUCUGAGCAACCUUCAAAAACUGGAAGUACAGGCGGAACCAGCGGUACCCCUGUACUUCGACCCGCAAUAAACCAAAUAAAUCCUUCGGGUAGCAGAGCCAGCCAAAGCCAUGCUACCCGGCGUAAGAGAAGAUCAGCAAGUUCGCAUCGGAGAGCGGAUUUCCAUAGGGCAUCCUUCAUUCUAAGCAAGAUUGCUUUAAAUGAGGAAGCUGGAACUCCGCACGAAAACGAUGCUGCUGAUAAGAUCAAAUAUGGGAAGAUUGUUGAGGAGUACAAUAAUCUUCUCAUUGAACCAAAAAAGUCCGUUAAGAGAAUUAGAUCACCUGAGGAAGCUAAUCCUCCUCAGAAAAAAUCUAAAGCAAACGGCACCAACAAGAAAGCACCAUCUCAGGGAGCGGCGCAAUCGCGCACUUUUAGUGAGAUUGUCAGAGACGAUCUUCAAGUGGCGGUUGUAGAUGAGCUCUCCACUGACAACAGAGCUCUGAUGUCGGUGUGGAACUCCAUCGAGGCUAAGCUUUCUGAGAUGGUCUUUCUAUAUACCCUAUCUGCAACUGAGGGACCCUACCCGAGUUUCGACUCUGGUGAGAUGCUUAGGGGAUACAGGGUAAUCAAGUGCGAGGAUGUGUUCUCUAGGGAUUUCCUUAGUAAAAGUGUAGCUGAGGUCAGCAACAAAUGGGAUGGCUUGAAGCUCAAGCUUAUCCCAGCUAAGGAAAUUCCAAGACAACCACUGGCUCGCAUUUGGCUGCCCCUCAUGAGCAUCAAGCCAAGCGGACCGGAGCUGAUCCGCAGUCUCCAGAAGUUAAACCCGCUGAUUCCUAUGCAUGACUGGGUAGUCAUUAAGGCUGAAGAGCCGCAGAAGAACAGCGCGUCUUACCUUCUGAGGAUCUGCGAGGUCAGUCGUGGGGCUCUCGAAAAAGCCGAUUUCAAGCUACGUUUUGGCAUUAGGAAUGCCAAGAUAAAGAUUCUACAGAGUCAGGAAACGGACCCUAACCUAGUUGAGGAUACUGUCGAGGAUGACGGUGUCCCCAAAGAGGCAGGGUCCUCCGGCAAGGAGCUGGUAACUGACUGUGUAGAAUCUAUUCCGAAUUGAAAACAUGCUGCGCGUCAUUCAGGUUAAUCUGAAGCACUCUAAAUGUGCUUCAGAUAACCUGAGAGUUUUCCUGAGGGAGGAAAACUAUGAUGUGGGCAUUAUUCAAGAGCCCUGGGUUAAUGGCCUCCGAGUGAGGGGCCUUCAAGACAGCCAAUACGACCUUUUCUAUAAGCCCGUCAGUUCGAACCAAGCACCUCUGAUUUGACCGUUGUCAAAUUGGAGGGUUCAAAUACUGAGGGUUUACUCUUGGCCUCUGCGUACAUGGCACACGACCAGCAGUCACCGCCGGAGGAAGUACGCAGGCUGACAAUACAAGCCAAUACCAUGAAGACAAGCCUACUCAUCGGGUGUGACGCAAAUGCACGUCAUACUCUGUGGGGUAGUUCUGAGAUCAAUGAACGAG